AUGUGUUAUGCGAUCGUUCGGCAUACUGCCGUUAAUCCACUGUUAGAUAACAGUCAACACCAUCAAGAUCACCAUCAUGAUCCGUCAGAAUCAUUAUCAGCGCUUCUUCGACUCGCAGCCGCUAAGGUUCUGGACUUCUGGAACUAUUACUCUGGCAGAUAUCCUCCUUUUGACAUUCGCAACAAAAAUCUCGACACUGCUGAGGAAGACUUCCUGUACCACUUUGGCUUCGGAACCAAAGAUAUGGACAUUCCGAAGGUUUUUGGAGAUACAAAAUUUGUUUGUACUGGAGGGUCACCAACUAGACUGAAAUUAUAUGCGGAGUGGUUUGCAAAGGAAUGCAGACUUCAGUGCAGUGAAAAUCUCUCAAAAAGUGAUCGCUUUGUUCUGUUCAAAACAGGAAAAGUAGUUUGGGUAAAUCAUGGCAUGGGAACCCCAUCACUAAGUAUUAUGCUUGUUGAAAUAUUGAAGCUGAUGUAUCACGCCAAAGCUAAGGAUGUUAAAUUCAUACGUAUGGGAACUUCUGGAGGCAUCGGUGUAGAGCCGGGCACCAUUAUCGUCUCUACGAAUGCGAUAAACGCUGAACUAAGCGAAAAGUACGUACAAUGGAUAGCCGGAAGGAGGGUGGAACGUGAAACAUAUCUCGACGAAGAUUUGCGCCGAGAACUGGUUGAAGUGGCUCGCGAAAGAAGACUUCCUGUGGAUACUGGUCUCACAAUGUGUGCUGAUGAUUUUUACGAAGGACAAAUGCGUCUUGACGGCUUUUUCUGUGAAUACAAACCAGAAGAUAAGUUUGAAUUUCUUAAGAAACUCUACGACAAAGGCGUACGAAAUAUUGAAAUGGAAACCACUUGUUUCGCUUCAAUGACAUUCCGUGCUGGGUGCAAAGCUGCCGUUGUCUGUGUCACUCUGCUAAAUCGCAUGAAAGGGGACCAGAUCAAGCUUGACCCGACUAAAUAUUUUCAAUUUGAGGAGCGCCCGUACCGACUAGUCACUGCGCUCAUAAAAAAACAACUCGACUACUAA